GAAGGGGUGGGAAUCUGAGGAGGAGACUAUAUUUUUAUUAUUAUUUUUAAUUUUUUUAACAUUAUUUUCACCGUACAACGAGGACGCUCGGAAUUCACCGGCCUGACGGCUCCCGAGAGGGACCCGGGAAUUGUGCGGUCGCUUUUCUUCACCUGCUCUUUUUUUUUUUCUUUGUUUUGUUUUGUUUGUUUGUUUUGAUUGGGGGCUUUUUAUUUUUUAUUACUCUCCUUAUCCGUUUCCCGCUGAGCAGCGGCGGCGGCAGCAGCAGCAAUAUGGCUGGUGAUGGGUUUUUUGGGGGGCGCUGGCGGCGGGAGGAGCUCUCGGAAGCCCCUGCGCGCCCGGCUCGCUGUUAGCUAUGGCAAAUGGCAGCGGCGGCGGCUCCUACCCGGGCGGCAGCGGCGGCGGCGGCGGCAUUAGAAUGAGUAACAAUAUCAACGCCAACAAUCUCAACACAGACUCGUCCUCCUCCCCCGUCAAUGUGCCCAAGAUGGAUGCGCUCAUCAUCCCGGUGACCAUGGAGGUGCCCUGCGAUAGCCGCGGACAGCGCAUGUGGUGGGCUUUCCUCGCCUCAUCCAUGGUUACUUUCUUUGGGGGACUAUUUAUCAUCCUGCUGUGGAGGACCCUCAAGUACCUGUGGACUGUCUGCUGCCACUGCGGGGUCAAAAACAAGGAGGCCCAGAAGAUCAAUGGUGGUGGAGACACACAGGCAGAUGGAGCCUGCAAACCAACAGAUGAAAAAGAGGAGAAUGUGGCAGCAGAAGUGGGAUGGAUGACGUCUGUGAAGGAUUGGGCAGGAGUCAUGAUAUCUGCCCAGACAUUAACUGGCAGAGUACUUGUUGUCUUAGUCUUCGCUCUUAGUAUUGGUGCUCUUGUAAUAUACUUCAUAGAUUCAUCAAAGAGCCGUACAGCAGACUCAUUGAUCCCAAUAGAAUCCUGCCAGAAUUUCUACAAAGAUUUCACAUUACAGAUCGACAUGGCUUUCAAUGUGUUCUUCCUACUCUACUUCGGCUUGCGUUUUAUAGCAGCCAAUGACAAGCUAUGGUUUUGGCUAGAAGUUAACUCAGUGGUAGAUUUCUUCACGGUCCCUCCAGUGUUUGUGUCAGUAUAUUUAAACAGAAGUUGGCUUGGUUUAAGAUUUUUAAGAGCCCUUAGACUGAUACAGUUUUCAGAAAUUUUGCAGUUUCUGAAUAUACUUAAAACAAGUAAUUCCAUCAAGCUAGUGAAUCUGUGCUCUAUAUUUAUCAGCACGUGGCUGACAGCAGCUGGGUUCAUACAUUUGGUGGAGAACUCAGGGGAUCCAUGGGAAAACUUCCAAAAUAAUCAACCGCUAACGUAUUGGGAAUGUGUUUAUUUACUGAUGGUUACAAUGUCCACUGUUGGCUAUGGAGAUGUUUAUGCAAAAACAACCCUUGGUCGCCUUUUCAUGGUCUUCUUCAUUCUUGGGGGAUUGGCCAUGUUUGCCAGCUACGUCCCUGAAAUCAUAGAGUUAAUAGGAAACCGCAAGAAAUAUGGUGGUUCCUAUAGUGCGGUUAGUGGAAGAAAGCACAUAGUUGUCUGUGGUCACAUAACACUUGAAAGCGUGUCCAACUUCCUGAAGGACUUCCUGCACAAGGAUAGGGAUGAUGUCAACGUAGAAAUCGUCUUUCUGCAUAAUAUCUCCCCUAACCUUGAGCUGGAAGCUCUUUUUAAACGACACUUCACUCAGGUGGAAUUUUAUCAGGGUUCAGUCCUUAAUCCCCAUGACCUGGCGAGAGUGAAGAUAGAGUCAGCAGAUGCGUGCCUAAUCCUUGCCAAUAAAUACUGCGCUGACCCAGAUGCUGAAGAUGCCUCCAAUAUUAUGAGAGUUAUUUCAAUAAAGAAUUAUCAUCCGAAGAUAAGAAUUAUCACUCAGAUGUUGCAGUAUCACAAUAAGGCCCAUCUGCUAAAUAUCCCGAGCUGGAACUGGAAAGAAGGGGAUGAUGCAAUCUGUCUUGCUGAGCUCAAGCUGGGUUUCAUAGCCCAGAGCUGCCUGGCACCAGGCCUUUCAACAAUGUUAGCCAACCUCUUCUCUAUGAGGUCAUUCAUAAAGAUUGAGGAGGAUACGUGGCAGAAAUACUACCUGGAAGGAGUUGCAAAUGAAAUGUAUACAGAAUAUCUGUCUAGUGCCUUUGUGGGUUUGUCCUUCCCUGCAGUUUGUGAACUGGUGUUUGCGAAACUAAAGCUCUUAAUGAUAGCCAUAGAAUACAAGUCGGAAAAACGUGAAAGCAGUAUAUUAAUCAAUCCUGGAAACCAUGUCAAGAUUCAAGAAGGUACCUUAGGAUUCUUCAUUGCAAGUGAUGCCAAAGAAGUAAAAAGGGCAUAUUUUUACUGCAAGGCCUGUCAUGAUGACAUCACGGAUCCCAAAAGGAUAAAAAAAUGUGGCUGCAAACGGCAAGUAAAGAAUGCAGCUAGAUCAAGUUACCCAAAAUGCUCAUAUCAAUUCAAGAAUGCAACUACUAAUGCAUUGAUUGAUGCCAAGUCCGCUGAAGGAAUCCUGGAACCUGUUCCACUUGUUAAUAACCGUAAAGGGAGCCUCUUCCUACCCAACAACCCCUCGCUGCUGCACCUUAACUUACUGAGUUCUGUCGAACAAGGAAAAUCUACGUACUGUAGAUUGCAAAGGGCACUCAGCUUACCUGUAAAAUACCACUGCCACUCCCAAAAGCCUGGGUUGAACCAAGAUCUCCUUGAAGAUGAGCAGCCGUCGACACUAUCACCCAAAAAAAAGCAGCGAAACGGAGGCAUGAGAAAUUCACCCAACUCCUCACCCAAGCUGAUGAGGCAUGACCCCUUGUUAAUUCCUGGCAACGAGCAGAUUGACAAUAUGGAUGCCAACGUGAAAAAAUAUGACUCUACAGGGAUGUUUCAUUGGUGUCCAGCCAAGGACAUUGAAAAGGUCAUUUUGACUCGAAGUGAAGCAGCGAUGACAGUUUUAAGUGGGCAUGUAGUCGUUUGCAUAUUUGGGGAUGUUAAAUCUGCUUUGAUUGGAUUAAGAAAUUUAGUGAUGCCAUUACGAGCCAGCAACUUUCACUACCAUGAACUCAAGCACAUUGUGUUUGUGGGUUCACUUGAAUACCUGAGAAGGGAAUGGGAGACACUGCAUAACUUCCCCAAGGUUUCAAUCUUGCCUGGUACGCCAUUAAGUCGGGCUGAUUUAAGGGCUGUCAACAUCAACCUCUGCGACAUGUGCGUUAUCCUGUCAGCCAAUCAGAAUAAUAUUGAUGAUGCUUCGCUGCAGGACAAGGAAUGCAUCUUGGCGUCACUCAACAUCAAAUCUAUGCAGUUUGAUGACAGCAUUGGGGUCUUGCAGGCUAAUUCCCAAGGCUUUACACCCCCUGGAAUGGAUAGGUCAUCUCCAGACAACAGUCCAGUCCAUGGCCUGUUACGUCAACCCUCCAUUACAACAGGAGCCAACAUCCCUAUUAUUACAGAGCUAGUAAAUGAUUCAAAUGUUCAGUUCUUGGACCAAGAUGAUGAUGAUGAUCCAGACACAGAACUGUAUCUCACGCAGCCCUUUGCAUGUGGAACCGCGUUUGCUGUCAGUGUGCUGGACUCUCUCAUGAGCGCAACAUACUUCAAUGACAAUAUCCUCACACUGAUACGGACAUUGGUAACAGGAGGAGCCACACCAGAGCUGGAAGCACUGAUUGCUGAGGAAAAUGCAUUGAGAGGAGGUUACAGCACGCCCCAGACACUUGCAAACAGGGACAGGUGUCGAGUUGCUCAGUUGGCUUUGUAUGAUGGGCCGUUUGCAGACCUAGGGGACGGAGGUUGUUAUGGAGAUCUGUUUUGUAAAGCACUGAAAACAUACAAUAUGCUUUGCUUUGGAAUUUAUCGAUUAAGGGAUGCACAUCUAAGUACUCCCAGCCAAUGCACUAAACGUUAUGUUAUCACAAACCCACCGUAUGAAUUUGAGCUUGUGCCGACAGACUUGAUCUUCUGUUUGAUGCAGUUUGACCACAACGCUGGCCAGUCCCGAGCCAGUCUUUCUCAUUCCUCCCAUUCCUCCUAUUCUUCCAGCAAGAAGAGCUCAUCAGUUCACUCUAUCCCAUCAACAGCAAAUCGACCGAACCGCACCAAGACCAGGGAUUCCCGGGAAAAACAGAAUGCAACAAGGAUGAAUAGAAUGGGCCAAGCAGAAAAGAAAUGGUUUACAGAUGAGCCGGAUAAUGCCUAUCCCAGAAACAUUCAAAUCAAGCCCAUGAGCACUCACAUGGCCAAUCAGAUCAAUCAAUAUAAAUCAACAAGCAGCUUGAUACCACCAAUCCGAGAAGUUGAAGAUGAAUGUUGACUCCUUCGAGGCCAGAACUAUUUUUUUAAAGCCUGACAAACUUCAUGAAUGGUGAUGUGACAUUUAUUCCUCUUACAUGCUGAACCACUGAUGGAGAAGUUAAGAAGGGCAAGCAUAAUGGGAAACUGAAGUAGACAGAUCUUUGUUUGUCUGCCUUUAAUAUUGCUUCCACGUAUUUUGGAAACUAUUUCAUUUAUAAAUGAACAUAAUCAAAACUAGUCAUGUAUAGCCUCUAGCAUUUUAAAUUAUUUUUAUUUAUUAGAAAAAAAUAUAUUUUUUUUCUUUUUUUUCAUUGUCAAGUAUUUUCCCUUAAAAAAACCUGCAUGUGUGGCCAGACUCCUAAGAAUUAAAAAAAAACAAAACAAAACAAACAAGAAACCCUCAGUCUUUGGCUUAAAGGAGAAUGAUGGUCACAGUUAUAAGGAUGUGUAAUUAAGGGAGACAAAUGAUAUAUUUACAAAAAGGGAAAAAAAAAGGUCCAACUUGUAUUUUAGUAAAUCAAAAAAAAAGCAAACAAAAAAAAAAACCCAAAAAAUCACCCUACAACAAUUCACCAAAAUGUUUCUUUACUGGAAGAUGUGUAUUUUGUUCAGCAUCAACACCAGCUCUUAAUAAACUGAACUUAUUUAUUUUCAAAGUCGAAAGUCAUAUUUUUGUACAUGUGACAUUCUUCUGAAAUAUCCUUUGUUUUAUUAACAUACAUAGAUCAUCUUAAUUGCCGGUUAUGUGAGGGUCCAAUAACCCCCCACACGCACUGCGCCCUGCCCUGUCUCACGUGCACACACACCCACAGAAAAACCCGGCAUCCUCAGUAACUUGCUGUAACACUGGCAUAGGGAAUGUCCCUGCCCUAAACCAAGGGCCGUGUAGAUAAGGUGCACUUGCUAUAAAUGGCAAAUCUGGCAAUCUCACUUCACUUCCCAUUAGCCAUCAGCAGUUGCUAAUUUCAGGAAGGCAGGUUUGGCAAUUCUUCUUUUGCCAUGUAUUACAGUGCUUUCAUCCAGGCUGCAUAAAAUAGCGCAUGGAAGCGUAAGUUAUAAACUGUCUCAUCUACCAUAUUUUGUUACUUCUUUACUUCAAAAGUGCUGAUGGCCUUUCAUUGGUCUGAUUUGGUUCAAAUACUUCCUGAUACGUACAGAGAUUUAGCUCCAGCUCCUUGCACUUUGGUGAUAGCUCAUACCUUAGUAAAGGACACACUGAAUCUCCUUUUGGGGAAUUCAGAUCAGGAUAAAAACUGGUUUAGCCUCAGCUCUAUAAUCGUGCAACAUGCUGUCCUCAGUUAAUUCUUGCACCAAGCAACAUCUUAUUUUAGCAGUUGAUUUUUUGGUUUUGUUUUUUUUUUAUCCCUCUAAUUUAUUUUCACUUUGCUGGGACACCACACAUAAAAGUACAGUAAUAACCAAAUCAAAAUAAUAAUAAUGAAUGUAUUUAUUAUGAUAACAUGCAAAAGGCCUUUGAUGGGUGCCUUUUGUGUCAGCAGUUUCACAAAGUUGCCAACAAGCUUUAUAGCCAUCAGACAAAAAUGCGAUGUUUCAUAUCUGUGCUGCAGUACCUAUCCACCCAAGCAUUUAUGUUCUAAAUGAUUUAGUAACUCUCUCUAUCUCAAAGAAGCAACAUCUGACACAAUUGUAUGAAGAAAAACAAAAAGAAAAGGCUGUGGUAAUAAGGAAACAAAAACCAAAAACCCAAAACAGAGUCAUCAGGAAAGGCAGAUCUUCAUUGUGCAAGUUAACUUUAGGCUUUGUAAUUUUGCCGAAUUGUUAAAACACCACAAUAAAACAUACUGUGGUAUUUUUAUCCGUAGAGAAAUAUCAGUGAAUCAAACAAAUACAAAGCAGAUGAUGAAUUUAUUGUGAAAACAAUGAUGUCCACUAUAUAAUCCAACAUUUAAACCAAUCUAUUCAGCUUUAAUGUUUGUCCACUGGCUGCAGUACAAGUAUAACCAUACUAACACCUAAUAGGCUUUAUUCUGGAGUGACUUCUUGGACUGUGACUAUUUUGUUGUUACAUUUGUAGAAUAGCUAUUUAAAGACAAUAACAAGAAUUGUUAAUACAGUAUCUGUAAAAUUGGAUUGUUUAAAAUAUUUCACUCUCCUACAAAGUAAAAAAACAGUUCAAGCAGUUUUUCAUAAUUAUUUAGACCAUGUUUAACACAUUUCACAGUCCCCAAAAAAGAAGAUAAUUCCAGUGAGUUCUUCCAAUCUAUGCUGCGUCAGCCUAGUGAUACAUUAUAAUUUACAUCCAGUUUCUGCGUUGGGUCAUGUUAAGCCUUUUCUUUGAAGUCAGUGCUCCUUUUUCAUUUAUGAACUGCAUAUUAUAACCAGAAUGGAAAAGCUGGUCCUGAGUACAGGUGAAUUUUAGAAAUUUGUGCUCAACCUCACCAAGUACAUGUGAUUUCUUUUUUUUUUUUUCUUAGAAGACUGUUGUUUACUGUAGAGGCAUAGAACAUUAUAUCUUAUACUUUAUCAUACACAGUGCCAUUUCUGAGUGUCUUUCCUUCAGAAGUGAGCAUUCCCUGGAUAAAACACACUAGUGAAACAAAUACAACACUCCUACAUAGCUAAGGUGUGUGUGUGUGUCUGUCUGUCCAGUUUAACUGUCACACCAAAAAAUAUCACGCUACCAACUGUAUAUAAAUAAAGGACAAAAUCUGAACACACUCAUGCACUCUCCUGGCACAGACAGUUCCAUAUGUAGUGAUAGAUAGAACACCACCUGUAGAGAGCAAA